AUGGUCUGGAUUAUGUCCUCGGCGGUCUCCGGACUCGCGCUUCUCACUGGUUUCACAUCCGCCGUCGCAACGCAGGCGGACAUUGAGUUACCCGAGUUCACCACUCUCUCUGUGCCUGAACACCCACAUCACGCUAUUCGCAUCAAGGAGCAGAGUGAUGAGAUCUGCGACGCGGGUUCCAGGCAGUGGACUGGCUGGCUGGACACAGGUGGAAAGCACCUCUUCUUUUGGUAUUUUGAGAGUCUGAACGAUCCCGAAAAUGACCCUCUCAGUCUCUGGAUGACUGGUGGACCAGGCGGCAGCGGCCUCGUUGGCCUCAUGCUGGAACUGGGACCCUGCCUCAUCAACGACAAUGGCACGGGAACAGUCCACAACCCCUACGCCUGGAACGCCAACUCCUCCAUGAUCUUCGUUGACCAGCCCGCCGGCACGGGGCUGUCCUACUUUGACAAGGACGUGACUCCGCCCUCGACGUCCUACACUGCAGCCGAGGACAUGAAUAUCUUCCUCCGCAUCUUCUACCAGGCCUUCCCCGGUCUAGCCGCCGUUCCCUUCCACAUCGUCGGCGAGAGCUACGGCGGGCACUACAUUCCCGCCCUCGCCGCCGAGAUCGUAGCCUACAACACGGGUUCCCCCCCGCCCGAGUUCAAGGUCCCGCUGGCGUCGGUGCUCAUUGGCAACGGCUACGUCUCGCCCGCGGACACGACGUGGGGCUUCUACGACACCCUGUGCACCACCAAACCCGGCGUCCCCGAGCCGGUCUUCAACGAGACCAUGUGCGGCCGGAUCGCGGACGCGCUGCCGCGGUGUAUGUACCUCCAGCAGGCGUGCUACGGGUUCCCAGAUCCCAUCAUCUGCGGCGCCGCGGCGGAAUUUUGUUUCAGCCACGUCGAUCUGCUGUAUUACCAGGACGUCAAGACUGGUGGGCGGAACCCGUUUGAUAUCACGCGGCCGUGCGAGACGGAGAAGAUAUGCUAUGGCGCGGGCGACGGCAUCGAGGGGUACAUCAAGUCCGAGCGCGUGCUGGCCGCGCUCGAGGUCCCCGAGGCGGUGGGCAAGAACUUUAGUCUCAUUUCGGAGAGCGUCAAUGAGCGGUUCGCGCUGGCGGGCGACGAAUUCCUCAGUACUGAGGGCGAUGUCAAGUAUAUUCUCGAGUCGGGCAUCGACGUGCUGGUGUACAAUGGCGACUUGGACCUCGCGUGCAAUACGGCGGGUAACGUGCGGUGGACGAAUAAGCUAUCGUGGGCCGGACAGGUCGAGUUCGUCUCCAGGGCGCCCGAGCCGUGGUUUGCGGUCAAGGGCGGGGAGAGGGUGCGCGCUGGAUUGUGGAAGCAGGUUUCCAAGGUUACGAGGGGAGGCAAGGAGACUAGGUUCGCGUUUGUGACUGUCGAGGGGUCGGGGCACAUGGUGCCGUUGGAUCAGCCCGAGGUUGGGCUGCAGAUGGUGAGGAAUUGGUUGUCUGGAGAUUUUGGGAAGGCUGUCAGGGGAGGCGUGGAGGUUCGGGUCAAGGGUGAGGAAGAUGAGUUUGUGUCUUUGGAUUUAUAG